CUGUUCUCAUGUGACUGAGUCGCACGCUGACGUUUAAUGCAGAACUUAUUUGAGGAGGACGAGGUGACUCACCUGCACUGCAUUUCACCUGGAAGGGGAUUAUAAGAGACUGCUGUUAAAGUUCCCAUACAAGAAGAUCUAUUUAGCAUUUCCCAUGAUGGCAGAACAUGGUGACCCUUGCACUGGGUCUGAAGCCAACUUUUGCAUGAACGGAGGAACAUGCUUUAAAAUACCUUCUGUGUCAACCCCCACCUGUGUCUGCAGUGCGAACUAUGAGGGCAGCAGAUGUGAGCAGUAUCAGCUGUUCAGUUUCUCACACAGCAGUGAAGAGAAGGGCAUGGUCGCGGCUGUGGUCAUCAUGGUCCUGCUCAUUUUAGCGGUGCUUGGGGUGGUCAUCUAUUACAUCUACAAAAUUAGGAAAAAUACCCAGAGCCAACCAAAACACGAGGAAUACAAGAGAGGCAAAUCAAGUGCGAACUCUGAACCAGUGUGAAUCGACUUUUGAUGCAUGUGAUGUGAACUCGACAUUGGCCUUGAUGUUGCAAACCUUGUAACAUCACUCCCUUGUGGAAGUCUUGAAUUCAAUGUGAAAAUGUGUCAAAUUGCACACAAAAUACUUUUCUUAUGUUUUUACAUUUUGUAAAUAGUCAUUUAACAUAUUUAAACAUGUAACAAAAGGAAUGCAAAUUCUUGAAACAAAUUGUUACCAUGUCAGCUGUUCAAUGGAAAGCAAUACAUUUCAAAAGCAGCAUCCAUUAGUGCAGAUUUGUCAUUUUAAUUAGACAUAGAUGACUUGAUAUUAUUUAAUAUACUAGUCACAUGUGUCAUGUACAUAUACUAUUUUUUACAAUGUGCUGUUUUUGUUUUGAAUAACAUAUUGUUUCUUAUCAUUUUGUCACUUAAAGGGAUAGUUCUCCCAAAAAUGUAAAUUCUGUCAUCAUUUACUUACUCUCAAGUUGUUCCAAACCAUGUAUGAAUGUCUUUCUUCCGUUAAACAAUAAUAUAUUUUGAAGAAUGUCAGUAACCAGUUGUUGGGCCCCAUGGACAUUCAUAUAGGGGAAACAAUGGAAGUCAAAGGGGCCCCGUCAACUGUUUGGUUACCCAUAUUCGUCAAAAUAUAUUAUUUUGUGUUCAGCAGAAGACAGAACUUAAUA